AUUUUAUUUUGUGUCAACUCCCAAAAACUCAAAAUCCUUUUCCUAUUUUAAGUCGUCCAUUCUUAUAUUAUUAUUAUUAUCACGUCUCAAAACACUACAUUCUCAUAUAUCCCUCAUGGAAUUAGACAAAGACCAGAUGUUGCUUCCAUGCCAAGACCUUGUCAUAGUAGAACAAGGUAACUCAAAAGAAGAGAACUCAAAACGGGUCAAAUCGAUAACCGGGUACACAUUUCGCGACCCGAUUCUCCUCCAACAAGCCUUCACUCACCACUCGUACGAAGAUGGGUCGUGCGCCUCUUUGGAACGGCUCGCGUACGUGGGGGACUCGGUUUUGAACUUGUUGAUUGCUAAGGAGCAAUACUCGUUGUAUCCGGAUUUGGAUCCGGGUCGACUCACCCGCCUUCGAGCUGUGAACGUGGACACUGAGAAGCUCGCGCGCGUGGCCUUGAAACACGACCUCCACAAGUUGUUAUGCCAUAAUAAGAUCUUGCUUUCCGUACAAAUCAAGGAAUUUACAAAUGCAAUAGUGGAAUAUCCCUUGCACUCGUCAGGACUAAUUGACGCGCCAAAGGUGCUUGCAGAUAUUGUUGAGUCCUUGAUUGGAGCCAUAUUCAUAGACUCCAACUCCUCUCUAGACACAACAUGGAAGGUUGUGAAGAAUUUGUUGGAACCAAUAAUAACUCCAUCGGACCUUCCAACACAUCCUGUGGUAAAACUACGAGAAUUGUGUCAAAGGAAAGGAUUUACAUUAGAAAUAAGAGAUUUUUGGAAAGUGAGUGGCGAAAUUGAGGUUGUCGUGGAUGAAGAUGUUGUGGGAAAGGCAAAAUACAGUGCCAAAAGGGUUAUUGCUAUGAAUAGAGCCGCACUCGAUGCCUACAACAAAAUUGUUGAAAAAAUUCAUGGCCUGGAUGUAAAAUUAGUCUAAUUUAUAAAUUAUAUUUGUAUUACUGUGUACACUUAUGAUUAAUUGUUGCCUGUAAAAAUAAAGGGUUGUAUGGUAAUAUACAGUUUAUGAAACUAUUAUUGUGUUGGCAGUUGGUAG